GCAGGCGGAUCACUGUGAGUUCGAGGCCAGCCUGGUCUACAGAGUGAAUCCAGGAAAGCCAAGGCUCCACAGAGAAGCCCUGUCUCAAACAAACAAACAAGGGCAAUAUCCUCGCGCUCCACCCUACGAACCCUUCAGUGAAACGGUCAGAAGAGACCUCCUUCCUUAGUUGUCGUGAGACUGAACAAACAUUUCAAAAGUCAGAUUUGGGGGGCCAGCCCCAGUUUUGAGUAUUGGUUGACUGCGGGGAAAAUGUAAUUGGGAAGGGGCGACUGUCUUUUCUGGUCUUUCUCCGGACGCUAGCCCUAGUCGGACUCGAGGCAGGCGGCCAACGCUUGAGGCGCUGAGUGAAAGCGUUGGAUAACAUCCUGCAGGAGCUAGGGAUGCCCGCGAAGCGGAAAGGAAGCCGUGGCAACUCCCCGCUGAGCACGAGCCUUAGUUCUUUGGGAAGUACGAGGCUGGCCCCGGCCGAAGGUUGGUCAGUCGGCAGCAAACCGCCGGUCCCCGACUUCGCGCUGGAAGAGUCAAGUUAAAGAAGGGAUCGUUGCCAUCGCCUGCCUAGAAAGGAGGAGUCUCCUAGCAAACGACUCUACGCUCUUUUCAAAGCCCUUUUUUCCUAAGACGGAAGAUCCACACCUCCAAACGUCUCUCUCGUUAAAACAAAUUCCGUCCGAAUGAAUCCCUUGAGCGAUCCUCGCGCCCCUGGGAGUGACCCCUGCGAGGACCGGUGGGCGUGACGUCAUCGCGGCGCGACGGGCCGCAGCAUCACUCCGGCGCGCCGCCCGGCGCACCGCGCCCUAGCCUGGCGGCGCUGCCGUCGUCCCUGUCCCGCUUCCACCGCCAUGGACAACCCUGGGGAGUCGCCUACGGACAAAGGCGGGGAGGCAGAGGAGGCAGAGGCGAUGAGGGCCGCCCCUGGGGCCCCGGCGGCCGCCGACGCUGAGGGAAUCCCGGAGGAAACGGACGGGGAUGGAGACGCGGACCUGAAAGAAGCCGCCGCGGAGGAAAGCGAGCUCAAGAGUCAGGACGUUUCAGACUUAACAGCCAUUGAAAGGGAAGACUCAGCAUUACUUACUCCUGCAGCCAAAAAACUGAAACUAGACACCAAGGAAAAGAAGGAGAAGAAGCAGAAAGUGGACGAGGAUGAGAUUCAGAAGAUGCAAAUCCUGGUCUCUUCUUUUUCUGAGGAGCAGCUGAACCGCUAUGAAAUGUAUCGCCGGUCAGCUUUCCCUAAAGCAGCCAUUAAAAGGUUAAUCCAGUCCAUCACCGGCACCUCUGUGUCUCAGAAUGUUGUCAUUGCCAUGUCUGGUAUUUCUAAAGUUUUUGUUGGGGAGGUGGUAGAAGAAGCCCUGGACGUGUGUGAGAAGUGGGGAGAGAUCCCACCCCUGCAGCCCAAGCACAUGAGGGAAGCUGUUCGGAGGCUCAAGUCCAAGGGGCAAAUCCCCAGCUCAAAGCACAAGAAAAUAACCUUCUUCUAGCUCUGACUGAGAAUGUCCCGGACUCUCAGUUGUUGGCGCUCCAAGGACUCACGGUGCUGAUUUUAAUGUGUCUGUCACACCUGCAAGGUGGCUCAGUGUGGCUCAGACUUGCCUUCACUCAAUCGUGGACUGUCUUCUGGCAUUUUGAAGAAUUUCACUCUUUCUUGGCUAGUUUGAAGAUACAAGGCCUUUAGUAUCUCCAGGAGAGGGAAGUGCUUUCAGAGAGAGUAAGAACAAUGGCGGCGUCACGCUGAAGUCUGACUGACUUGUGACCAUCUGCUGUGAAGAUAGUCACAGCAGUGAAAUACGUUGGGUGUUGUACAACAGGCUUUCCAACUUGUGUAGAAAAGUUUAUUCAUCAUUCUUCCAGUGUCUAAAUAAAACUAGUCUUGUUUUUUU